AUUCGGUGCAGGAGUAUAAACCCCGCGGCCCAAACCCUAGCCGCCCGAUGCUCUUCGUCCCGCGCCAAGUCGCCCUCGCCGCCGCCUCUUCCUCCUCCCAGCCCCACGCCGCCGCCUCUUCCUCCUCCCAGCCCCACGCCGCCGCCGCCAUGGCCAAGGAGGAGGGCAAGAAGGAGAAGAAGAGAAAGAGCAAGAGCAAGGCGGCGGCCAAGGAGACAACCGCCGCCGCGGAUGGGAGGGCCGCGGUGGUCGCCUCCGUCGCCGCGUUCCUCGAGGCCGGCGGGUUGACGCGCACGCUCGCCGCCCUCCAAUCCGAGGCCGACCUCGAGGCAGGUGCUUGGAGGGCGUCGCCGGUGAACUUGGAGGAGUUGGUGGCCAAAUUCUUGGACUCGAGCAAUCCCACCCCAGUGGCUGUUUCCGUGGGAAGCGAUGAGCAAGAUAAAACAACUAAUGGUGUAGUGGAAGAUGGUGGCAAGAAAAAGAAGAAGGAGAAGAAAACUGAUGCAGAGGCCGGCGAAACCGAGAACAAAGUGAAUGAGCCUUCUGCUCAGGAAAAGCCUAGUGAAAAUGUGGACGGUGGCAAGAAAAAGAAGAAGGAGAAGAAAACUGAUGCGGAGGCUGGCGAAUCCGAGAACAAAGUGAAUGAGCCUUCUGCUCAGGAAAAGCCUACUGAAAAUGUGGACGGUGAGGCCAAAGAGAAGAAACAGAAGAAGAAGAAAAAAGAUGAUUCUUCAGCUGCGAAUGCUGGUAGCAUUGAAGCAACUGAAACAGUGAAGAAUGAUGAUCAGAAGAAGCCUGAUGGCAAGAAGAAAAGCAAGAAGCAUGAGAAGGACGUUGAUGUUGAAGCUAGGCUGGACAAGGUGGAAUUAGCAAUAAAAAACAAGUUUGAGGAAGCUGAGAAACUCAAUGGGGGCGGUGAUAAAUCAAAAGAGGAAGAAUUGAAAAGUCAGAAUGAUGAUGCUGGCAAGAACAAUGGUGCUGUAGAAAAGAAAAAGAAGAAGAAGAAAGACAAAUCAGCUUCCGAGAGUGAUGCUGUGGAAAGAGUGAAGGCUGAUAAUGAUAAAAAGGGUAAAAAGAAGCGAAAGAAGUCUGACGCUGAAGAAAAUGUUCAAGUGGAAGGUAAAGAGGUUGCAGGGAAAGAUUCAGCCCCAAAACCAGAGGAUGAGAACAAGAGUGGAAUAGAGAUUGAAGAAGGUGAUAAUGGAAAGCUGUCAAAUGAGAAUGCUGUUACUGGCAAAAAACGGAAACUAGAAGAAGUCGAUGGAAGCAAUCCCCCUUCGACAGCUAAAGAAGAUAACACUGCUAACCAGAGCCUAACCAAUGGCUUUACCGAGGAUAAAACAAACCAGGACAGCAACAUAAAACCAAGUAAAAGGCAGAAACAUUCAUCUGAGCCUAAAACUGUGAAUGCUUUUCAACGGGUGAAGCUUGAGGAUGUCAAAUUUGCAGAUGAGAAACUUCAGGAUAACUCUUAUUGGGCUAAGGGUGGUGCAGAAACUGGUUAUGGUGCGAAGGCGCAAGAGAUCCUUGGUCAAGUCAGAGGAAGGGGCUUUCGGCAUGAGAAGACCAAGAAGAAGCGUGGAACAUACAGGGGCGGGCAAAUCGACCUACAAACCCACUCGAUCAAGUUUGACAAUUCGGAUGACGAGUGAUUGCUUAGAUUCACCAAAGAUGGGAGAAGUCUACUGCAUUUAGCAGUUAACCAUUUUUAUGGCCAUUACCUGAUCAGUCUUGCUGGUUGGAAGAAGUUUGGCGGUGGAGUGGUGCUACGGUGGUAAAGCGGAGGGCACAUGAUUGUUGCAGUGUUGCUGGUUUUGUUAGGAUGGACAUCCUGCUAAAUACGGAGUAUGAGGCAUGGAAAUUUUGGGUUGGGCUCACUGAUGUAUCUAUCGAUUUUGCUACUGCUGAUGCGACAUAAUGUUGCUACUACAUGCAUAUGGUUUAUGAGCAACUGCGCGCGCGUUUGAUUUGUUAUCCUU